CAGCGGUUAACGUGAUUCUGAAAACCCACUGAUCGAUGCUCGUGAUUAGCUAGUAAGCGAGACACGUAUUACACCUCUAUAGCUAACUUGUUUAAGAUCUUGAGUUUACUAGCUAACAUUAUUAGUUAGACGAUUUGCGGACGAGUACAGUAGAUCAUAGCUAGUUACACAACCGGCUUGCCCAGAUAUCAAUAUUAAUUCCGUCACUGAAAAACAAAGAUGUCACAGAAGCGUCGUUCCCAGUCUUGGACAGAGUUGAAACAAGCAGGCAACGAAUUCUUUAAAACUGGACAGUAUGGGGAGGCUGCUUCUAUUUACAGCCAGGCUAUCAAAGAAGUGGAGAAGUCAGGAAAGAAGAAUCCAGAGGAUUUUAGUAUCCUGUAUUCUAACCGUGCAGCCAGUUAUCUGAAGGAUGGAAAUUGUUGGGAGUGUGUGAAGGACUGUACAGUAUCUCUUGACCUAGUUCCGUUUGGCAUCAAGCCUCUCCUUCGCCGGGCUGCAGCGUAUGAAGCAUUGGAGAGAUACAGAUUAGCCUAUGUGGACUACAAGACAGCCUUACAGAUCGACUGUAACAUACCUGCCGCCCAUGAUGGUACCAGCAGAAUGACGAAGUGUCUGACAGAGGUGGAUGGACUCUCGUGGCGAGAGAAGCUCCCACUUAUUCCCACUGUUCCGAUGGCCGUCAAAGAAAAAUGGUCUCUGGCAACAAGCCAACAAACAACGCAACACAAUGGCACCAGAGAAAAUGAGAAAUCUGUCCCAGGAGAGGAUUCCAUUAAAAAAGCCCUAACCCUGAAAGAGGAAGGCAAUGCACAGGUGAAAAAAGGAGAGUACAAGAAAGCCAUAGAGAAAUAUACUCAGAGCCUCAAACACAAUUCCUCAGAAAUCACAACCUACACAAAUAGGGCACUUUGCUACCUCUCUGUGAAGAUGUACAAGGAGGCAGUGCAAGAUUGUGGAGAGGCCCUGCGACUUGACUCCGCUAAUAUCAAGGCACUGUACAGACGAGCACAGGCACACAAGGAGCUGAAAGACUACAAAGCUUGCAUUGAAGAUCUAAACAGCUUGCUGAAAGUUGAGCCAAAGAACACAGCCGGACAGAAUUUACUGCUGGAAGUGCAAAAUAAGAAAUGAGCUUGUGAUUCGGAUGGUUGCCUGUGGAUGUGAACGACCCUACGCUGACCUGGUGUACAUGCCUGAAGUGCCUGUAUUCACUCACAGAAGCAGGUUUUCCAAUCUAUUUCCUGGCCUGUUUAACUUAAAUCCACUCAAGAUGGAGUAUUGCUUUGACUACUACAGAGGAAGCACAGUCAAUGCAGUGCAUAUUUAGCCUUCAUAUACAUCAUGAAAUCACUGCAUGAAACUGAAAAUAUAGCAUUCAACCAUUGUUUUACAAGGACUAUACAUUUGUAUGUAUUUCCACUAGCAUAAGAGAUUUUCACGAUCAACUACUGUUGUAGUUGAAGAUAUAGUUCACCCAAAUUACAAAAUUACAUUGCUUACAGAGUAAGUCUGUAAGUAAACCAUUCUAUGGACGAGGUAGGACAGCAAUCCAUGCAUUGUUUUUGUUUACCUGGUCACUGUUUCAAAUGCUAACUUUUUAGCAUUUAUGGCACAAAUCCAAUGCAAGUCAAUCGUACCUAUAUUAGCAUUCCCGCACUUAAUGUCCAAAUCAUUUAAAGUAACUUAUGAGUUACACAAUCAAUAUUUAGAUACUUUAGGAUGAUUUGGACAUGAAGCAUGAAAUUGUAAUAUAAGCACCUAUUUAUAUUAUCUUUAAUACAUCUAUAGGUAAACUAUCCCUUUAAGAUCGUAGUUAUCUUGGGCUUCCGAGUGGCACAGAGGUCUAAGGUACUGCAUCUUAGUGCUAGAGGUGUCACUACAGACACGGCCAUGAUUGGGAGUCCCAUAGGGCGGCGCACAAUUGGCCCAGCGUCGUCCGGGUUUGGCCGGUGUUGGCCGUCAUUGUAAUUAAAAUUUGUUCUUAACUGACUUGCCCAGUUUAAAUAAAGGUUAAAUAAAUAAAUAAAAAAUUACAUUUUAUGGGUAUUUUCAUUGAGUCAAGGAAAGUAACACUAUACCAGAGAAACAGAUGGUUACCGUAUUAUUGUGAAUUUAAGAGCAUAUUGAAACAUCAUUACCACCCGUAUCACCUAACAUGUUGACAAUUCUAUCAGUAAUGCAUAAUCUUUAAUGUCAUUUUUUUCACUAAUUAGGAUUCAGGAAACAAAUGGGACAAAUCAAACUUUCAUCCUCCCUGAUGGGAGCUGAAUUGGAUGAUACCAGUUGUGAAACUAGUUGUUUUCCAUUGUCCAGUUGUUGCUUCAAUUGCGGAAUGUUUGAACAUCUUUUUUGUAAAAUUUAUCUUUGGAAUAUCAAUGCUUUUGCAGUGGUGACACAAGUUAGUGUGGGUGUUUUACAUUUCAGCAAUGUCAUCUGGGUAUAUUUGUGAUUGCAGCACUUUUUUUCAAUUCUGUGAAAUGUUGGAACGCUUACCUCAUGGUGCAAAAUAAUAAAGAUAUGACUUUAUACA